AGACAAAGGCGUUUGAGUCAUAUCACCAAAAUUCAAACGAGAGAGGGCACAGCCACCCACCUACCGGACAAUGGCAGAAUUCCACAGAUACUAUACAGAUCUCUACAAUCUAAGAUACCAGGAAUCUCUGGAGACAGAAUAACUAAGAACCACACGAAGGACAGCAUACCUGCAACAACAUAUCACGAAGACCCUGAGCGAAGCAGAGGUGGCAGAGUUAGAGGCACCCAUUACGUCAUGGAAUUGCAGGCGGCUCUGAAAUCUACCAAGCUGAGUAAACCCCGG